AUCAAGAUGUUUGGCUCAAAACUAGGAAACUCCCCAUUUUCAGUGAAACCUUCCCUCCGUGAGGAUAGUAGCAUGAACAACUCAUCUGAAGUACGUGCUAUUACAAAAAAUGGAGCUGGAGAUAAUAACCAGGACCACGACAAAACUAAAUUGAUCGUUAAUUACAUACCACAAUUUGCAACGGAAAAUGAUCUUGUUCAAAUAUUUGGUCCACUCGGACAACUGGAAUACAUCAGGAUAAUGAAAGACUUCAAAACUGGAUACAGCUUUGGUUAUGGGUUUGUCAAAUAUUCCAGGCCUUCAGCAGCUGCCAAAGCAAUUGCGGUGUUGAAUGGAUUCCACUUCGGGAAUAAACGUUUGAGAGUUUCAUAUUCGAGACCCGACAUGAAAGAUUCAAAUUUAUACAUAACAUAUUUACCAGCAGAUAUGACCGAACGAGAUUUGGACUUUCUAUUUGGAGAAUAUGGAGAAAUUGUACAGAGAAGAAUCUUGAAAGAUAAAAUUACCGGUAUGCCCAGAGGUGUGGCAUUUGUAAGAUAUUCGAAGGGAAAAGAAGCUCAGGCAGCAAUAGCCAAUCUUGAUGGAAAAGUUUUGGAGAAUGCUAUGUCACCAUUGAGAGUAAGACUAUCAGAAGACCACGGAAGACUAAAAGACAAAUACUUGGAAGCGUGCAAUCCCACGACCUAUAACAGGGGAAUACCCCAAUUUAGAAGAGGUUUGCCUCACAGAGACAUUGAUGUACCGAGAAGUUUUCAAAAUCGUUAUGGCAGAUUUCCUAUGAAUGAGAUGAGAAAUAGGGGUGCUGGAGAUGCUUUUCUUCCAAGAUCUCUAUUCUAUUGAGGAAUUUGAGAAUUUUUAUAAAAAUAAUUUUUAUUUUAAUUUAUGAAUGCAUUUUGUCGACGAUCAGCUUUUUUUUCUACAUGUAUCCUGUUACUUUUGUUCUGGAAUAUUGUUGUUGUUUGAAAGUUGUUCUAUGUUUUGUUUUGGCUGAUUAUCGGCGAAUUGUACGAUUUUCCUCGUUUUAACUGAUGCCCUAGAAGACUGUUUUUAUUAAUUUUAUGUGUAUUUAUAACUAUGACUAAUACUUUUCGCGUAAAUUGUCAUAUCGUAUAUGCUUGAUUUCUGUUUGUUUUCAUUAAGAAUCGCUUAACCGCAUUAAUCAAUCUUGUAGUCUCC